AAAGUGUGGCUUGGUCACAAGAAGACAAAUCCAGAAAAAAUGUAUGCUAUCAAAGUGAUGAAGAAACAGGAUUUGAUCAACAAAAAUCUCAUAUCCCAAGGUAUGUAUUUUUCACUGUCAGUAUAUAAAAAAUAAAAAAUGUGUUUUGAUUAAUUUUUAGUAGUUAAAAGGAAACCUUUGAAAAAUAUAAUCAUUUAAGUAGUGUUUAAUUGUAUAAUGUGGAAAUCAAAAAAGAGAUAAGGAAAAAAUAUACAUCUUUUCAAUAAAAAUUUAACUGGUUAAAAAUGAAGGAAAGAAGCUCAAAUGACCUGCAAAUUUAGAACCUUUCAUGUCUGACAGUGUUUUAUUUUUGUUGUAACUUAAGUGACAGCAGAGCGUGAUGCUCAAGCAAGGUCAAGAAGUCCGUUUGUCGUCCAGCUCUACUACUCCAUCCAAUCACGACAAAAUAUACUAUUGGUAUUUAUUUUAAAGUUGUACAAAAUUUACUAUUGAUAUUAUUUUAAAGUUGUACAAAAUAUACUAUUGGUAUUUAUUUUAAAGUUGUACAAAAUUUACUAUUGAUAUUAUUUUAAUGUUGUACAAAAUAUACUAUUGGUUUUUAUUUUAAAGUGGUAACAAAAAUAAUUGUUUUUUUGAAUGUUAUGAAUUGUGUUUAAACUAAAUUUAAGAAAACAGAAUACACACAUGGACAACAAGCAGUGUUUUUUUGUGUUUAGAAACACAUCUCUUUCCAUAUCAUUAGAUCAUGGAGUAUAUGAUUGGUGGUGAUGUGAAGUCUUUGUUGAUCAUGUAUGGUUACUUCCCUGAGGAUAUGUCUUGUAUGUACACUGCCGAAGUGGCCUUAGCCUUAGAAUAUCUGCAUAAGAGAGGAAUCGUACACAGGUGCGCUGAAUUUAUUUCUCGCUUGUUGAGUGCUUUUUAAUUUAUUAAUUUUCAUCAUUGCGCAAUGUUCAAUGGUGGGAUUCAUAUUCAAAUAAAGUGAAUCACCUUUAGAAGUUUUUGCAAAGCAUUUACUGAAACAUUGUGUUCAUUUUGUUUAUUCUAGAGACCUAAAGCCAGAGAACAUGCUGAUAUCAGACAGGGGUCAUAUUAAGCUCACUGACUUCGGACUGUCAAAGAUAGCAUUGGAAUAUCGUAAGUCAUAUUGGCAACAACAACCGAAAUUAAGGGGUUCAGAACAUUUGUUUCGACACCUUAGGUGGUGGUAAUGAAUCAUUGUGCAGAUAAAUUGGUAAUUACUAAUUGACAGACUCCUCGGCUAAUUGGCCUAUUGUGUGUGCCCUGCAGAUGUUAAAUGUAAAUCUAGGUGGUUUGAUAAAAUCUUUGAAAUUUUAUCUAUAGGGGCUAGUACAAAAAAAUUAGGUAUACAAGACUCUAUAAACGUGCAAUCAUAAACCACCCCAGCCUCACCCCCCCCCUCUAUGUAUUGUCUUUUUUUCCCUUUUUUUUUUUUUCCGUUUUGUUAUGCCUCCCUGUAUGCAUUCCAGGACAGCAAAUAAGCCCAUGCUUUGAUGAUACAUGUAGCUGAUGUGUCAAGACUUCACUAACUUAUAUGACUAAACCAAAUCUUCUGUUGGUUUUGUUUUAGUAUGUCCAAGAUGUUAAACCAAACUAACGUGAUAUGUCUCUUGGUACUUGAAAAAAACAAACUUUUACAUAGUUUACAUAGAGGGUUUAUAUCAAUGUUAAUUUUUUUGUCUUCGAUACCCAGCCUCACCCCCCUCUAUGUAUUGUCUUUUUUCCCCCCCUUUUUUUUCUUUUUGUGAUGCAGUCCAUGUAUACAUUCCAGGACACCAAAUACUUUGAUUAUGUGUGUCAAGACUUCACUAGCUUAUAUGACUAAACCAACUCUUCUGUUGAUUGUGUAUUAUUAUGUCCAAGAUGUUAAACCAAACUAACGUGAUAUGUCUCUUGGUACUUUAAAAAAAAAAAUCUUUUACACAGAGGGUUUAUAUCAAUGUUAAUUUUUUUGCCUUCGAUACCUAAUUGGCGUGUGCAUCUUCAUCAUGAGAUUGUUCGGUGCGUUCAAAUGAUCCGGAUUAAAUUAUUUAUUAUUGCCCCGGUGGUGGGGGGAGGGGGGGGGGAACCAAAAGUUUAAAUUGAAAUGACUUAGACAUGUUUGUUUUAAGGCCAUUUGCCAGAGCGGAAACAUACAACUAUGAACAGAGGCAUAGAACCCCUGGUCUGCAUUGUCCAGAAUUACAUCUGUUUCAGGUGCAAGUCCUCAAGCUGGUAGCAUGACCCCCAUUGAUCACCGCUUUGCAAAUAUGUGGGACUUGAGAACCCCUGGACAAGUUCUUAGUCUCAAGUCGUCAUUGGAUUUCGUAAGUUACUUUUUCUAAAUUUAAAGUCGUUUUUGUAUUUUGAAAUUUAAUUUGUGCCAAAUUUUUAAAGUUGUUAAACGUUUGAGAAUCAUGCACACAACCCCCCCCCCUCCCCCCUCUCCCCCAUUUACUAAAAAAAAUAUUUUUUUCUUACCUUAAGCAUUUCAUUUCCUAAUUUUUAGAUGUUUGAAUGUUUUGGAAAGAGAUUUCAUGAUAGCUUUCAUAAUAGAUUUCAUGAUGUCAAAGUUUUUAAAUGAUAUUUUUAUUACAUUUUUAGACAAACAGCUUAUCACAUUGUAAGCUACCAGAGAGAGUCAAGACCCCUACACCCGUACCUUACCAAAGCCCCAUUCGUCCACACCCGCGUACUCCUCAGGAGAAGCCCCGUAGGCAGUCUUUAGCCAGACGCAUGCUCACGCCUAUCAGCGUGAGGCCAGAAAGGUCAUCUCAGGUGUGUAGACUUUGGUUGAACCCAUUUAUUUAUUUAUUUAGGCAUUUUUAUAUAGCGCUUACCUUAAAGCUCUAAGCGCUUUACAAUUAUUAAAAACAUGUAAACUAACUAAAAUAAUAAAAAAAAAAAAAAAAAAAAAAAAAAAAAAAAAAAAAAAUAAAAAAAAAAAAAAAAAAAAAAAAAAAAAAAAUGAGACAUUAGGAUAGGAAAUACUAUACUAUAGAAACAAUUAAAAUGGCUAUAAAACGAGGACACUCUGCCUGAAAUGUUUUUUUGCUGAAACGUGCUCAUGUCCUAUGCCACAUCCACUAUAAAACUGCUUUCAUCGCUUCAGUCAGGACAGCAGUCUGUAAGACAAAGGGCUGUUUGGUUCUUUUAUCACGAAAGAUCAAUGCCGUUUCAGUUAUCGGACUAGUCUUCAGAGGGUCAGCUACGGAAAGACCAAAUUUAUUUUAAGAAUGUUUUCUUACCUACUCUCUAUACUUAUCAAGAUGGAAAUUUGGAAAGUAUGCACAUUUUUUCAUGCACAUGGCUGCACUGCAAAAUGAAAUCUUAUUAUGCAAACAAAAAUUGAGUUGCAAUUUAAAAAAGAAAAAAAAAUGAUUUAAAGAUUAAACAAAAAAAUGUUUGUUGUUUCCAAAUGAAAAUUUCAACACAUCUAUUCAAAUAUGGGAUAAAACAAGGAUGCAGCUAUUUUAAAUAUUAAAGGCGUCUCAAGACGUAGCUGUGUACCAAACUUUCAGCUAAGAACAGAGAUUUAAGCACGUCGAUGAGAUUGCAAAGCUGCAACCUGAUGAAUAUAACAUAAACAAUGCCAAUGUGAAGGGAAUUAAAAAAUGAAGAAGAGAAAAGGAACAAGAGAAAAUGAAUUAGAUAAAUAUUAUUUUCCAGUUUGAAGUCAGGGAUCAGCUUUAGUCUGAGAUCUUUUAAUCAGCUGUAGAUUAUAAAGUAAUGAAGCGACUGAUUGUGUUCAUGUCUGACUUGAAUUUUUUCAAUGCUGUUUUUGUUUUUCUAUCAUCUUAGUUCACUGCGGAGGGAGGUGGGGCGGAGGGAGGUGGGGCACCGGUCACUUUAUUUUAUUGUAUUUGUUUCUGAAUACAAUAUACUCUCUCUCUCCACCACACACAUACAAACACACACACACAACUUGCCUCCCACCACUACAACACACACACCUUGCCUCCCACCUCCACAUACACACCUUGUCUCCCACCUCCACACACACACACCUUGCCUCCCACCACCACAACACACACACCUUGCCUCCCACCUCCACAUACACACCUUGCCUCCCACCUCCACAUACAUACCUUGCCUCCCAACUCCACAUACACACCUUGCCUCCCACCUCCACACACACACCUUGCCUCCCACCUCCACACACACACAUCUUGCCUCCUACCAUACACACACACACACCUUGCCUCCCACCACCACAUACAUACACCUUGCCUGCCACCACCACAUCCACACACCUUGCCUCCCACCUCCACACACACACACACCUUGCCUCCCACCUCCACAUACACACACCUUCCUACACCACACACACACCUUGCAUCCCUCCUCCAUACACACACCUUGCCUACCAGCACCACAUACACACACCUUGCCUCCCACCACCACAUAAACACUCCUUGCCUACCACCACACACAUACACCUUGCUUCCCACCACACACACACACCUUGCCUACCACCACCAUCACACACAUGCACACCUCGCCUCCCAUCACCACCACCACACACACACCUUGCCUACCAUCACCACACAGACACACACCUUGUCUCCCACCUCCACAACUUUCCUACCAUCACUACCAUUACGCACGAACCUUAAUUUAAAAAUAUUUAAAAAAAUGUCUUUUCUGUAUUGGUUUAUAAAGAAAAGUCGGCUGUACAACAGCUUUGGGUCAACGCCGCCCGUACUCAGCCUGACAUCAACAUUGCAAGAUUCUCUUUCUUGGAGGAGCUCAUCAGCCAGCGAUUCCGAGUCCAGAAGGGCCUGCAAGCUGCUGCAGCUGUCAUUCAUGUCCAGUGAGUACCUAUUAGUGCGUCAGCAAUCGGCACUUAUUAUUUUGUUCAUGUAGCUGGCAGAAGACACUACCUGCUUUGUAACAGUUGUUAGUUGAUCAGUUGCCACAGAUUCACAUUAUCCUUUCAAAUAAUUUUUUUUCAGAAAUGUUUUGAUGAAAUUAAUUAAAUUUUAAUAUGCAAUUAAGUAUCAGUAAUAAUAAUUCCUGAGUGGAUCUUUCUAGUCCGCCCGCUCUCAUUGCGCAUCAUGCUGCGCUCUCAUUCACUGGUUCCAUCACUGUGUGCUUGAUCACGAACGCACCUAAUUCAUCCAAAAAUCACAUAUGGAUUCGUUAAGACCAAACUUUGGCAGAUGUAUGGAUCGCCAUCUGAAAUUAUUAUUGCAGCCUAUGUUUCUCUUUUUGUAAUUUACAUGUGAAGCGUGGUUUGCAUUUCCCCAGCUAGUGUUUUAAUAACUCUUAGAGAUAAGAUUCUUUGAUUGAUCCAAAUAUAUGGAAAUGUGUUUUGAUAACAUUGUACAUAUUUAUUUUUAGCAUACGGAUUUCAUUUAAGCAAUUUUAUGAAAGUAAAUAUGUAUAAACAACUUCGUGUCCCUUUGCUAAGCAACAAGGAGUGAAAUAUUUGUAUCUUUGAAGAUUUUAUUAUUGUAAAGUAAUUUUUGGCCUAAUAGUGUUACCGUAAUGCAAAUUUUAAAAAAAUUGGGUCAUCAAUAUCUACACCCUUCAAAACAACACAUUUUCUUUCUAGGACACAAUGAAAGUAUUAUGUCAGCUGAUCCCGUCGAGUCGCCACCUAGACAAAUCGAGCAACCCGCUGACAUUUCCAUCAUGGACAUUUCUGCUAACAGCAGUGAAAACAGUCUCAAUAACUCUGCAGAUGAUAAGAAUCUGGCCAUCGAUCAGAAGGAUGAGGUCGACAGCAUCAGGGGUGACGUACCUGGUAGUGCAUGUUCGCUGGCCACAGAUGAGAAAGAUGUCAUGAGUUGCGACAGCCACAUCAUGCCGCUGUUUAGGUUGGAAGGAGGUGAAGAUGAAACCCCACUGCUGCACCGUACCCACAAUUCCAUCUGGAAAAGUUAUUCUGCUUGUGGCUUGCGGUCCAUGAGAGAAGGGUCGUACUCUGAUUCGAAUGCACUGUGCUGUAUUCAGCAAAGGGAAGGCAAUGGAAACGCCAAAUCUUCGGACACCUCAAGUUUGGGUGGCUCUCCGGCCAGCCCGGUUAUCGCCAAGAGCGGUUCAGUUUUUGAAACCCCGACAGACUCUUGUAAGCAAUCGCUAAAACUUUUUAACAAGAGAGAAGCAGGAGAGGAUAAAUCUAAAGAAAUAAGAGAAAAAAAUCAGCCAAUCUCUUUUGGGAGGUCACACAGCGAGCAGUUUUGCCUGCGCUCAGAUUUAAAUACCUGUUCGUCGACUUCUAUGGAACUUGAGCGUGGAAUUAUUAGCUCCCUUGAUGAAUCAUUAAGUGGAAUUCAUGGACACAAUAAGUCUCGUCUCAUUUCCAUUGCAGGCUCGACCGAUCUGGAGCUAUCCAGGGAUUUUUCUGCUCACCUGCAGCAACGGGACAAAAUUUUCAACAGCACCCGCCUUUCUCUCGAUUUCGGGACUUACAAUUUCAGCAUAGAAUCUGGGUCAGAGCUCAAAGAUUUGAGCCAAAUGGUUGGCCUGAACAGAAUUGCGCUGAAGCCUCUUUCCUGCGAGACGAACCUACCUAACUUUAAUGUGGUGCCAAGUAAGAAAACGGAGAGGCUCCUUGGGAAAGCCGAGACCCAAGUUCCUGGAAGUGCACCCGCUCCCAGGCGCAAGUUGAGCAAACCCGGCCUGCGUAGAGUGCUGUCUGACACUUUCGACAAAUGCUUUGCCAACCAGUCCACCGGCGUUGGCAAAAACAUCCUCAGCCACAAAAGCAGGUCUUUGGAAUACACGACAGAGACAGAUUCCAGAUCGACAGAAAGUCCACUGCCCUUCAGAAAUAAACUCGAGCGGAAAAGGUCUUUUGAUGCAGCCCUCUGCAAAGAGCUGGUGGCGGAGGGGAACAAAUGGGGUAGGGGAGAUCAACCUCAUACUGGUAUGUCCCCUGACCUCAGCAGAUUGUGUUUGGAAAAUCGAAAGAAACCUCGUUUCGACAGAGGAGAGUGCUCAGAGACUUCGGGCCUUGUUAUAGGUGACAAGCUAAGGAACAUCCCCCCGCAACCAAAUUUGGCACACACGGGCCUCACCAGCGAAAUCAGCACCCUUGCCCUCAAGGAUAUUGUCGCUGGGGUCCAAUCAAGGUCGAUCUCUUUUAAGAACUCAAACCCGGCAGUUAGCAGUGACACUCCUGUCCUGCGCAAGCCCCUCAUCUUAAGGAGCAACUCUGUAGAGAGGUCACCGAAAUGUGGUACAGCUUCCAAGGAGGAGAACAGGUAUGGUUCACCACAUAAGAUGAGGCAGUUUAGGAAGAAUCACCAGCCAGGUCUCCACAGAGUGGCCGCUCUCAACAAUCUGGCCCUGGAGUGUCAAGGUAAACCCUCGGACCGUGACAUCGAAUCCGAGUCAAACUCGGACGACCCUUAUGAAAACAAAAUUUCCUUUUUCAUAUCCACACCUUCUCCCGGGCCGUCGAUGCACUCCUCGCCAACGGCAGGCAGUGGCCACCUCAAACCGCUCAUCAUUAAGAAAGGAAUCUCAACACUGGACACAUCCAUCGGCACGGAUGUUAGCACUUUGAACUCCACCAUUGAAUAUGAGGGUACCUGUCCGCAGACAGAGGAGAAGGAGGGUAGUCCUUCACCCGGACGGAUCAAGUUCCGGUCAAGGAGUUCCUCCGUGUCAUCGUUAUCAGAUGUUGGCAGCGUUGACUCGGCUCAACCUUCGGAGGCUCAGUUCAAUUUCCUGUCACUGGCUCUCCCCUCACCCCCACUUACAAAUAUCACCCAAUCCGGUCCCCGGCCCCUGAGCCUGUCACCCGAAGACGGCGAAGCAAAGAAAAAAGUGUUAACAAGGGGAGAUAACUGCAUGGAUUCUCUUCCCAGCAAGCAGCAGAGCCUGCUCUCUGGACUGGGUGCACUGCCGAGCAUAGCUGAAAAUUUGACCGGCCAGGAAAGUGAGGAUGGUGCCAUGUUCGUUAAACCAUUGAGUGUGACGGAAGAGGUAAGGGCCUUAUACUCAUACUCUAGUAUCUUUUAAUGAGAUUAGUAGGCCUACAAUCAAAUAUAGAUAUAAUAUACUAUUUUUAAGUAUAUUUCUAGCUCCCUCCCCAACUUAUUUGUAAGAGCCAUUAUUUAUUAUGUGUAAUGAUAUUUUAAUGAAUAUGAUUCAUAAGGUAUAGAGUUAGUAAAAAUGUAAAAAAAUAUUCACUUUCCUUUAAUCUUGAAAUAUCCUACAUUUAAUCACAUAUCACAAUAUUACACAAGAGAAUUAUAACAUAAUCCUCUGUAUUCUCAAAGACACAAAAACACUUUCUGCCACAAUAAUCCAAGAAUUACUUAAUUAAGAUGUGCAAGCACAACUCAAAACUUCAGGCGAGCCGAUAUACUUUAUGAAAAACUUGUGCGGGCGGAAAGAAAAUAGGACAGCGGAGGGGGGGAAGCUAUUAAGAAAAUAAGAAGAAGAAUAUUUCUUUACUUCACGGGCUGCAAACUGGUCAUAUCUUUAUUGCCUUCAGCAUUUAAAAUAACGCAAGCCUAAUAUCAGUAUGAACAAUAGCAUAUUUUAGCCACAUCUUUAUUGCCUUCAGCAUUUAAAAUAACGCAAGCCUAAUAUCAGUAUGAACAAUAGCAUAUUUGAGCCACAUCUUUAUUGCCUUCAGCAUUUAAAAUAACGCAAGCCUAAUAUCAGUAUGAACAAUAGCAUAUUUGAGCCACAUCUUUAUUGCCUUCACAUUUUUUUAAUGUUCCAAAGUCGUCUUCGUUGAUCCCAAUAAUUUUUUUAGCCCCUUUCUUGUUGCGGGUAUAUUAAAUGGUUUGAAAAAGGGGAUUUGAGAUGUUCACAGGUGUGUAGCAAGAUUAUUUUAUAUGAAAAUAAUUUUUGAAAUCUAUGUAAACUGGUGACCUCGAUUACUGAAAUCUCAACCUCAUCUUCAUUUAAGAAGUAUCUUUUGAUUCUUGAAAAUUAUGUUUCAUCUUUUUCAUCCAUUGAUAUCAUUAUACAUCUGAAGCCACAAGCAUCUAGAGGAAUAAUUCAUAUUUAAUUUUGGUAACAUUAAUUCAGUAAAUAGUUUCGUAAAAUACUGCUAUCUCUUUAAUUAGCUGAAAAUAGGACUUAUGAAAAACUGUCAUGUUGUAAGAUUACAGUGUGAAUUUUAAAAUUGUUUUUUUUUUGUGAAAUUAAAAAGUAGAAACACUUCUCAAAAAGCGAUUAUUUUUUUUACCUCCCUUUAUGUUUCCCAAGUUUAAUAUGCAAGUACGGGACAUCAAAUGUAAAUAUAAGAUAAAACUUUGAUACACAGCAAUAACUAGAAAUCAUUACAAAAUAACAAUGACAAAACUACAUGCUUGUAUUUUUAAAACAGGUGAGGUCUUCUUUGAGACCUGUCAAAAGCCAGGGUGGGCUCGGUAAAGAAAGGAAUGGCUUCUCUGAUAUAUCGCCACCCAAGGACCUGACAGCUGCGGUAACCAAAUUUGAAUUUUUUAGCUGACAUUGUUCCUCCGUGCAUAUUUAUAGAACUCUUUAAAGCUUUUCGCUGAAGCAUGUGGGCACUUUGUCCCUGCUGCACACUGUUCAUCCACCUUAUUGUUGGCAUAACUUGACUUUUGAUACUCAAUCAGCAAUCAGCUUGUAACGAUGUUUAAAAUAAUUUUUAUUAUUUUUAUGUUUACCUUCCAGCCACCCAGCGGUCUCAGAGAGUCACUUUUCAGAACACCCAUGAGAACGCCAGGAACCAGACUACAGACGCCCAUGCAUACGCCUGCAAAUCGGCUUCAUACACCCAUGAGAACGCCCAAGAGUGUACGUCGUGGAACUGAGCCUCAGGAGGAUGCGGGCAGAAUAUUAGGAACCCCAGACUACCUGGCGCCAGAGAUUCUUUUACAGAAGCCUCACGGUUGGUCACACAAAUAUAUUUUCAGAUUAUCAUUUUUGUAUUUAAGUUUUUGAGUCCUUUAAAAAAAUUCAGCUCGCUCAAGUGCUAAUUAAUUGUCUCUGUUAAUCUAUUAAUUUUUUAUUUAUUUUUCAAAUGUAUUUAAAUUUAGACCUUUGCCAUGUCCUAAAAAAUAUUUUCAAAUUGAUUAGUUGGAAGUACACUCUCUGUCACAUGAUUGAACCGAAACAAUUUUUUGUAAAAAUUUUAGUGUCUCCUGUAAGCGUUGAAAAACCUAACUUAUAUGCUUAGACAGCCACAGUGACAUAAUUUAUCCCUUGAAAAAUUUUUUUUUUUUUUAAAUAUCUCAUGUUUAUUUGUAAAACUUUUUUUUUGUUAAAAAUUGCUACAUGCUUUAAUUAUUUUUGCCCCACCGAAUAGAACUUUGAUAAAGCAAACACUGGUCCUUUGCAUUGAAAUUUCAGUCAGUGCUACACAUUUGCUAAUACUGGAUCUAAAAAUUGUAGAAAGAUAUGAGAGUUGUGUACGGAAUUUUGAACACUCUUGACUUGACAAUCCCAGAUUAAUGUCAUUCUUUAACUGAACACUCUUGACUUGACAAUCCCAGAUUAAUGUCAUUCUUUAACUGAACACUCUUUACUUGACAAUCCCAGAUUAAUGUCAUUCUUUAACUGAACACUCUUUACUUGACAAUCCCAGAUUAAUGUCAUUCUUUAACUGAACACUCUCUACUUGACACUCCCAGAUUAAUGUCAUUCUUUAACUGAACACUCUCUACUUGACACUCCCAGAUCAAUGUCAUUCUUUAACUGAACACUCUCUACUUGACAAUCCCAGAUUAAUGUCAUUCUUUAACUGAACACUCUCUACUUGACAAUCCCAGAUUAAUGUCAUUCUUUAACUGAACACUCUCUACUUGACAAUCCCAGAUUAAUGUCAUUCUUUAACUGAACACUCUCUACUUGACAAUCCCAGAUUAAUGUCAUUCUUUAACUGAACACUCUCUACUUGACAAUCCCAGAUUGUCAUUCUUUAACUGAAAUUUCUAGAUUUAUGUCAUGGUGAUCUUAAAAAAUACCAUUUGGUUUUAUAUUAUAACUAUUUAUGUUCAACAAACCAACAUAAACAAGAGAAGGAAAAAAAAAAAAGUUGAAAAUUCUUUAAAAAUAAAAAGGUUGCAUAAUUUAAUGAAAUAAUUAACUUUAUUAUUUGAUAAUCCAAUGAAGUGAAUAUUUUUGUGAAUGCAUAACAUGUCAGAAAUGGUAAACUAACCAACAUUUUUUAAACUGCAUUGUACUUAUACAUCUUAAAAUUUUAAAAAAGGCCUGGCAAUUGGGGGAUAAUAGUGCACGUUAAAAUGAAAUCUCUGAAAAAAAUUUUUUUUUUUUACAGGAUUUGCUGUUGACUGGUGGGCCCUAGGUGUAUGCUUGUAUGAGUUCCUCACUGGGUUGCCUCCCUUUAAUGACCAGACCCCUGAGGCUGUGUUUGAAAACAUAUUGAACAGAAGUAAGGGCAGAGUUUUUGAGCUUGUCUUUGUAAACAUAUUGAGCAGAAGUAAGGUCUAAGAUUCUGAGACUGUCUUUGAAAACAUAUUUUGUCAGAAGUAAGGUCUUAGAUCCUGAGACUUUCUUUGAAAACAUAUUGAGCAGAAGUAAGGUCUUAGAUCCUGAGGCAGUCUUUGAAAACAUAGUGAGCAGAAGUAAGGUCUUAGAUUCUGAGGCAGUCUUUGAAAACAUUUUAUAUAGAUAGAGAACAACGCAUUUGAAAGAGAUCAAUCCUUAGAUUUUUCUAGAUGCUUUUUCUCUAAGGACUCGGCUACCUUGAGUUUUGUCAGGCAUAAACCAUAAACCUAUCAACAAUGGAAGGAGAUGUAGUGUUUUUUGUGUGUGUGGUGGGGGGGGGGGUGGAGGGGGGAUCCAUUUAGCACACAUGGCUGGACACAUUUUUGGUAAAUGGUCUGUUAUUCGGGCCAUUCAAUUUAUUCAAUCACAUAACAUUAUAGUGAUCAUGUCCUUUAUAUUUCAUUNAAGGAGAUGUAGUGUUUUUUGUGUGUGUGGUGGGGGGGGGGGGUGGAGGGGGGAUCCAUUUAGCACACAUGGCUGGACACAUUUUUGGUAAAUGGUCUGUUAUUCGGGCCAUUCAAUUUAUUCAAUCACAUAACAUUAUAGUGAUCAUGUCCUUUAUAUUUCAUUAGCUCUAAAGUAAGACAUAAAUGAAUAAAUCUCAGAUGUCUUAAUGAAGCACAAACAGCUAUGAUUUCAUUGAUUUCUUCUGCCUGGCAGAUAUCACCUGGCCAACGGAUGACGAGGCCUUAAGUCAUGACGCUGUGGCAGCCGUCCAAGCUCUGCUCACGCCAGAACCUGACCAAAGACCAGCAGCUAAAGGUAACAGUGUGCACAAUAGCUCUCUUUAU